AUGGAAGGAAUCUAUUUCAACAGGGAGAGAUUUCCUUUCUACCUUGUUCUCAGUCUUCUGCUUCAAGGAAGGGGCAGUACUUUCACCAUCGAUUGCUCAAGGUUUGAACAACAUGGGGUGGAUCCCUCUGCUCUAGAUAUGGUAUUUGACAGAAAGGCCUUCCGUCCAGCCACCAACCUCAGUGUCCCCACCCAAGUCAACAUCUCUUUUACGCUGUCUGCCAUCCGAAACGUGGAUGAACGGCCACAGCUCUUUUCAUCGUUCCUGUGGCUGGAAAUGGUCUGGGACAACCCAUUUAUCAGCUGGAACCCAAAGAAGUGUAAGGGCAUCACCAAUAUCAGUGUGGCAACCAAGAAUCUGUGGCUCCCAGACAUUUUCAUCGUUGAGUCCAUUGAUGUGGAUGAGACCCCGCAAGGCCUCAUAGCAUAUGUAAGUAAUGACGGUCGCAUCAGGUAUAAGAAACCCAUGAAGGUGGCCAGCAUCUGUAGCCUGGACAUCUUCUACUUCCCUUUUGACCAGCAGAACUGCACACUCACCUUCAGGUCAUUUAUCUACACAGUGGAUAACAUGUUGCUGGGCAUGGAGAAAGAAGUGUGGGAGAUAGAGGACACGUCCCGGGACAUCGUUCAGACCCAUGGAGAGUGGGAGUUCCUGGGCAUCAACAAGGCCACCCCAAAGAUGUUGGUGGGAGACAACCUAUACGAUGAGAUCAUGUUCUAUGUGGCCAUGAGGCGCAGGCCCACCCUCUACAUCAUAAACCUCCUAGUGCCCAGUAGCUUUCUGGUUGCCAUCGACGCCGUCAGCUUCUACCUGCCGGCAGAAAGUGGGAAUCGCGCCCCAUUCAAGAUAACUCUCCUGCUGGGCUACAACGUCUUCCUGCUCCUGAUGAAUGACUUACUCCCCACCAGUGGCGCCCCCCUCAUCACUGUCUACUUUGCCCUGUGUCUGUCGCUGAUGGUGCUCAGCCUGCUAGAGACCGUCUUCAUCGCCUAUCUGCUGCACCUGGCCACCAACCAGCCCCCACCCAUGCCGAGGUGGCUCCACUCCCUGCUGCUGCACUGCACCUGCCCAAGGAAAUACUGCCCCACUGUGUCCCACAAGGGAAACGAGGGCCUGGGUCUCCCCCCCGCCCAGCUGCCUGGUGUGAAGGAGCCAGUAGAGUUGGUGGAGAAGUCGCCAGGCCCGGGAGAGGCAGAGCCGGCUGGGGGCUCAGGAUGGACAAGGGCCCAGCGGGAGCAGGAGGCCCAGAAGCGGCACAGGGUGGAGCUGUGGGUGCAGUUCAGCCACAUGAUGGACACCCUGCUCUUCCGCCUCUAUCUGCUCUUCAUGGCCUUCUCCAUCCUCACGGUCAUCGGCCUCUGGAACACCUAG